AUGAUCAACUGGAAUCGACGAUUUUGCGUUAUUUUUUUCGUCUUUUGCUUUAUAUCUCUCAUAUUCCUUACCAGUCAUCACUCUCCACGUUCACUGAACCAAAUCAGUGAGUCUAACUGUCGACUAUCAUGGCUUGAAAGUGACGAAUUCUUUUGUGAAGACGACCACGAUUGGCAACGUCGAAAAGAUCGAUUUUAUCUUCAACAUAACCGCAAUCAAUUCUCCGGUCCGCAUUAUAUGUUCUUUCAAGAUAACUACGAACCAACAUUCUCCUGUCGAUUCGAACAACGUCUUGGAUGCAACGGCGAUGGUGGUAAAUGGAUAUGCGAUCCCUAUCGUUUACAAAAUAAGUCAUCAUGUUUAAUCUACAGUCUUGGUUCGAAUGGCGAAUUCAGUUUUGAGAAUGAAACGAAACGUUUGUUGCCCAAUUGUGAUAUUCACACGUUCGAUAGGAAACAAUUCAACUGUACAGAGAUUUGUACAUUUCAUCAGGCAAGCAUCGGAAGUGGGCUGCAUGGUACAAAAUCAUUGCGAAUGAUCAUGUCGGAGUUAAAUCACACAGAACAAUAUCUCGAUAUUCUGAAAAUCGAUAUCGAAGGAAGUGAAUACGAGCUCUUCAAGGAUUUAUUCAAUACAACUGAUGACCUAAGUGAAAAUAUUCGUCAGAUACUUGUGGAAAUACAUCUAUCGAACCUUGUGAAGAACGUUAAUAACGAGACGAUUUAUGAUUACAAACCUGCUCAUAAUCUCUUUCAGCUAUUUCAUGAGAAAAACUAUGUCAUCUUUCACAAGGAAGUCAAUUUAUACAAUCCACACAAGGCGUUUGAAUUCAGCUUUAUCAGAAUGAAUAAGAAAUUCUUCUCUAUCAAAAAACAAUCCAACUUAACCGAACAUUGA